CAAAUGGCAGAUAACCAACUGACUAUGAGGCCUACUGAGCAUACCAACAUAUAACUUAAUGCAUCAUAAGGACUCCACCUAUGCUGGGGAAAGAUGGUGGGAAGAAUAAAGGAAGACAGACAAAGCAAGGAAGACAGGAUGGGGAGGCCACAAAAUGAAUAUUGUCAUAAUGAAAAUUUGAUACACCCUGAGGACUCCUGCUUACUGAAAUCACAAAUGGAGCAGACGGAGAAACCAAAAGGAUAUGCUGAGAAAGGACUCUUAGGAAAGAUAAAGCUUUACCUUUCAAAGAAACCACUGCCAUCUGCCACUGACCGAAAGAAGUUUGACCAUGACUUUGCCAUCUCCACUUCGUUUCAUGGGGUGCAUAAUAUUGUUCGGAACCGAAGCAGAAUUCGCAAGGUGAUCUGGUUGGUGGUGGUGCUGGGCUCCGUCUCACUAGUGGUGUGGCAGAUCUACAGUCGCUUGAUCAACUAUUUCACAUGGCCAACCACAACAUCUAUUGAGGUUCAAUAUGUGGAAAAAAUUGAGUUCCCGUCUGUGACAUUCUGUAAUUUGAACAGGUUCCAAACAGCUGCUGUAGCCAAAUUUGGAAUCAUUGUUUUCUUAUGGCAUACUGUAUCCAAAGUUCUCCAUCGUCAGGAAAUCGGUGUCAAUUCUACUGGUUUUAAAGAGGCUAUUGAUUUUAUUGAGAGCCACCAAAACUUCAGUGUCACAGAUUUUAUCAAGAAUAAUGGUUUUUAUCUCAACAAUAGCACUUUGCUGGCAUGUGAAUUUUUUGGAAUACCAUGUGGCCCAAAGGACUUUAAACAUGUCUUCACUGAAUAUGGAAAUUGCUUUACUUUUAAUCAUGGUGAAAAUAUCCAAGGAUGGAAAAAAGUGAGUGUCUCUGGAAGAGGCUUAAGCCUGAUCUUCGAUGUCAAUCAGGAGGAGUUUACUGACUCCCCAGGCCUGGGUUUUGCUGAUGCUGGGAUCAUCUUUGUUAUUCACUCACCCAAGAAGGAGCCUCAGUUUGUUGGCCUAGGGUUGUGCUCUCCCGUGGGAAUGCACACGCGGGUAACCAUCCGCCAGCUGAAGACAGUUCACCAAGAAUACCCUUGGGGAGAAUGCAAGCCUAACAUCAAGCUCCAGAAUUUUCGUCACUACAGCACUUAUGGUUGUUUGAAAGAAUGCAAAGCCCAGCUCAUAGAAAAGCGAUGCGGAUGUUUGCCUUUCCUGCUUCCAGGAAAUGGGAUAGAAUGUGACCUACAAAAAUACUACAACUGUGUUUCUCCUAUGCUUGACUACAUUGAAUUUAAGGGAUUAUGUACAAUGGGAACCCACAAUUCUAGCUGCCCUGUUUCUUGUGAAGAAACUGAAUACCCCACUACCAUUUCUUACUCAUCUUUUCCAAGUCAAAAAGCUUUAAAAUAUCUUUCCAAGAAGUUGAAUCAAAGCCAGGAUUAUAUCAGGGAGAAUCUUGUGAACAUUGAAAUAAACUAUAGUGACUUAAACUAUAAGAUAACUCAGCAACAAAAAGCAGUGAGUGUAUCUGAGUUACUUGCAGAUGUUGGCGGUCAGCUGGGCCUGUUUUGCGGAGCCAGUAUGAUCACAAUUAUAGAAAUUAUUGAAUAUUUAUUUACCAAUUUCUAUUGGAUAUGCAUUUUCUUUUUGCUGAAGAUACCUGAAAUGACUCAGAGGCCUCCUCCAUCUCAGAAUCAUCUGGGGAAUAAAAAUCAGAUAGAAGAGUGCUAAUGUUCAGUUAGAAUAAAAGUCUUUGUUUUUUUUCUUCUCAAUACCUUCAGAUUUUUUAUGGCUAAUUCAUUGUUCUGUUACU